UUCACUGGAAAUGGCGCGACUGGGGAAGCUAGACGAGUACGACGAGAAGGAGCAGAAUUUUGAAUCCUAUUUAGAACGCUUUGAGCAUUUCGUCACUGCAAACGAUAUCAAAGAGGAAAAGAAGCUGGCCGUAUUUCUCAGCGUUAUAGGAGCACGAACGUACGAGGUGCUCAAAAGUUUGGUAGUACCCGCCGUUCCUGGGGACAAAUCCUUCGAAGAGGUGACUGUGCUGUUGACGAAGCACUAUAGCCCAAGCUGUUCUGUGAUAGCCGAGUGCUGCAAAUUUAACAAGCGAGCACAAGAGGAACAAGAAAGCGUCGAGGAUUUCAUAGUGGCCUUAAAGCAUUUAGCAAGGAAGUGCGAUUUCGGUCUGUUCCUGCAAGACGCACUGCGAGACAGAUUAGUGGCAGGCAUAAGACGCGAAGAAACGCAACUCGCCUUGUUUGCUGAAGACAGUUUAACCUUUGAAAAGGCGUGCAAGAUAGCCUUGGACCGGGAGCAGGCUGCGCCACAAACAGCGUUACUGCAUGCAGAAGCCUCGGAAGACACAGCUCAUCCGUCUGCUCCGAUGUCUAGUGGGCCAUUCGCCGUGCCACCUCUCGGGGUUCCAGGCGCGAACGAGUCUGCAAAUCAGCAGCUUCCGGCACCUGAAUCGCCCACGCCCGGAACAGCUGCCCCCGGCUCUUCGAACCAGCCAGACCCUGCACCUACAGCCGAGCUGCCAAUUCUUCGUCGUAGUGCCCGUGUGCGACAUCCCCCGAACAGAUACCAACCCAGUGACUUUCGAAGUUAA